GACACAUCAUCUUGUAAUUUCCCAGGUCAUGGGCAGGGGCGGACUGACCAUUUGGAAACUUGGGCACUGCCCGAGGGCCCGGGGUCAGUAGGGGUCCCCAUGAGAUGCCCCUGGUAUCUUUUUCAUAGGCUUUUUUGAUGUGGGCAAGGACACAGGGGCCCCAUGAUCCCCUAUUGCCCGGGGGCCCCAUGAGUUGUCAGUCCGCCCCUGCAAACAACGUACAAUUUGACACUUUCACACAAUCUCCUGCAGAAGCAUAAUAGAAUGAUUUUUGCCAUAGAGUGUUUUAGUCUAUGACAUUAAAAAAUUGGUUGUGUAGUCUAAGGCUUAUUGUGGG